AUGGAUUUCUUUAUGCCAAGUGAUAGAACAACAUUAUCUAUUCAAUUACCUACUAUUCUUCCAUUUCAAAAUAUCACUUAUAUCGUAUGCCACUUAGCAUAUCCGGAACCGUCGGUCAUAUCAUUCUUACAGAACACUACAAUACGAUUAAAACGAAUUUUAUCAUUAUUUACGAGAGAUGACGAUGAUUCACAAAAAUAUUUUGAUAAUCUUUCACGUCUUGUUAAUUUGUCUAAUAUUGAUACUGUAGAGUUUUCACGAAACAAUGAUAUAAGAAGAUUAAAUGUUAUUGAACGUGUUUUAUUAGCAUGUCCAAAUGUUACAACACUUAUUAUAAACAGUUCAUUACUUUUCUCAACCACAGUAUUGAAGAAUCCUUCAUUAUGGCUGACUUUUAAUCAACUGAACAAGAUUCGUAUAUUAUCAGAUGAGGUGUAUAUUUAUCCGAAAUAUAUAUCGAAAUUUGUUCAACGUUUUCCAUCUUUGACUAUUGUUGAGUUGGAAGUCUAUUCAAUCGAUAUUUUAGCACCUAUUGUUGAUAUUUUGCUAAGUGAACUUUCAAAGUUACGUCUGAUCGUCAUACAAUUUAAAGAUGAUUAUCUAUUAAGUUAUCCAUUUUCUCGCAAUUAUAUUAUAGACAAACGACGUCAAUCAUUUGGUUUAAGCAAAUAUAAUGAAGAUAAAGUAUGUAUAAAACUCGAAAAUCAAACACUGUAUAUCCGUGUUGCAUAA